UCCCACUUCCCUUAUUCGUGGGCUCCUCAUCACAUCAUCGCCUCACCCACGCUUGCCCCCAAAGACAUCCCACCCAUUAUAUAAGUCUAGACCAGUGAACCCUUUGCGAAAAUACUACUUUUCUGGCUGCCACAGCGGUGUUUUAAACGAGGAUACCCCCAUAUCUUGCCACGGUUUAGUCUCUAUUGUUCUACUCAACCCCGCAGGCCACUCACUCAAGGGAUACGAAGAAGAAAGGAAUAGCAAUGGCAACUCUCCAGGGUACGAAUCCCAACGGCGCUGCGCCGCCGUCCCAGGCUCCCAAACUGGGUGUCAAGAUGUCGGCGACCGAAUUGAUCGGGAACACCCCCUUGGUUCGGCUGAACAAGAUCCCACAGUCGCUCGGGAUCGAGGCCGAGGUCUACGCCAAGGUCGAGCUCUUCAACGCCGGCGGAAGCGUCAAGGACAGGAUAGCAUUGCGGAUGAUCGAAGAGGCCGAGAAGAGCGGCCGCAUAAAGCCUGGCGAUACCUUGAUUGAGCCGACCAGUGGAAAUACUGGUAUUGGUCUUGCUCUCGUCGGCGCCAUCAAGGGCUACAAGACAAUCAUCACGCUGCCCGAGAAGAUGUCGGCCGAGAAGGUCUCCGUCCUGCGAGCCCUGGGUGCGACGAUCAUCCGGACGCCCACGCAGGCGGCUUGGGACAGCCCGGAGAGCCACAUCGGCGUGGCCAGGCGUCUGCUAAAGGAGAUCCCCAACUCCCACAUCCUCGACCAGUAUUCCAACAAGGACAACCCCCUCGCCCACGAGUUCGGCACGGCGGAGGAGAUCUGGGCCCAGACGGGCGGGAAGGUGAGCGCCAUCGUCGCCGGCGCUGGAACCGGUGGCACCAUCUCUGGGCUGGCAAGAGGGCUGCGGAAGCACAACAAGGACAUCAAGGUCGUGGCGGCGGAUCCGUACGGCAGCGUGCUCGCCCUCCCGGAGAGCCUCAACGAGGUGGGGGCAAACACGCCAUACAAGGUCGAGGGCAUCGGUUACGACUUCAUCCCCGACGUCCUCACCCGGGAGCUGGUGGACAAGUGGUACAAGACGGACGAUCGCGAGUCGUUCAUGUUCGCGCGGCGGCUGAUAGCGGAGGAGGGCCUCCUCGUCGGCGGGAGCUCGGGCAGCGCCAUGGUGGCCAUGGUGCGGGCCGUCAAGGACCUGAACCUGGGCAAGGGCGACGUCGUGGUGGUGGUGCUGCCCGACAGCAUCCGGUCGUACCUGAGCAAGUUCGCCGACGACGACUGGCUCGCCGCCAACGAUCUGCUGCCCCUCGCCGACCCCGUCAACGGCCCCGACGCGCCGGUGACGACGACGACGACGCGCUCGGGCGCCCGCCGGCCCAGCGACCCGUACGCCGGCGCGACGAUCCGCGAGCUCAGGCUGAAGCCCGUCACGUCGGUGCUCUCCGACAGCCCGUGCUCGGACGCCAUCGAGACGAUGCGCGAGAAGGGGUUCGACCAGCUGCCGGUGCUGGCGCCGACGGGCGGAAAGCUGGUCGGGCUGGUGACGCUGGGGAACCUGCUCAGCUACAUCUCGCGCGGGCGCGCCACGGGCAGGAGCCCCGUCAGCGAGGUCAUGUUCGACUUUGGGCGGCUCGACGAGGUGGUGACGGAGCCGAGGGAGCUCGUGGCCGGGGUCGAGGCCAAGAAGAAGAGGAAGUUUGUGCAGAUCACGGUCGACACGCCGCUCGCGGCGCUGAGCAAGUUCUUCGAGUGGAACAGCGCCGCCGUAGUGACGGAGAAGGUGGAGGGUGGUGAGAAGAAGCCCAUCGCCGUCGUGACCAAGGUGGAUCUGCUGAGCUGGAUGGUCAAGCACGUCAAGACGUAAGAACAGAUUGGGGUGAUGUGGUGGAGGACGUGGAGGAUUGUCCGACCUACUUGCAAGUGCCUGGGUGCAGAAUACAGGUUGUGGGGUAGCAAUGGAGUUCGGGAUGGGGGUCAUCUCCGGAGCAUAUCAGAAUACAGUAGAAGAUGGUGGCAGGGCUCGACGCCGAGCUGGGCUUC